GCGCAUAAGUCUAAGUGAACCAGAGCGCGCUCCUUCGCUCGCUCUGCCCUUCGGGAGGCCUGUUUGGAUGUUCGCGCUUGCGCAGGGCGGGGCUCCCAUUUUCGAACUGGAAAGUCAGCGCGGGAAUCAUUCCUGGGGCUGUCGGGGCUAGCGUUUGGCCUCAGGUGAGCUAGCCCUGGCUUCCCGUUAGGCUGCCGCCUCGGGAGGGUGCACUUACAGAGGGAAGCUGUUUCCCACGGUGGGAGGAAGGCCUUUUGAGCGGCGAGGGAAAGACAAACGGUCUGAGGCUUUUCGGGUCAGGUGGGCGAAGGGCCACCAGACUUCCGGUCGCACCCCAGCCGUGCGCCCAGAAAGUAUUGGAUUUGGAGACCGAGGAGCUCUCUCGCCGAACUGCUGACCGACCGAUCUGUCUCCCACCUCUGCUUUCUCGCGCCUUAUCUGCCCCUCGUGGGCAGUCAGGUAGUGCUGGCCUGAAAUCAGGAAGACCCGAGUUCAAAUUUGCCCCAGCCACUUUCAAGCUGGGUGACCCUGGGCAAGUCACUUUACAGUGUUUGCCUCAGCUUCCUCCACUGGAAAAUGAGCUGGAGAGGGAAAUGGCAAACCUCCCCUAUAAUUCUGCCGAGGGAUCCUCAGAUGUGGUCCCAGAGAGCCCUUCACCUGAGAGGUCAACGCCAACAACUGAACAACAAAUGUCUCCCACAUGCUUCCAAACUUCUAUGGUGAUGUCAUCUCAGGAGACUAGUUUAUCACCAGUUAUUCCUAUUAUACAAUGUGAUCGUUCAGCAUGGAAAAUGAGACAAAAUGAAAGUGGCUUAGGGCCCGCCAACCUACAAUAUGGACUUGGUGAUGGGAAGGAAGAAUUUAAUGAGCAUGCAGCUCUGCAACAAGCAUUCAAUUACAUCAGGAAAGCAACGAAAAAAGAGUCAACCUUGGAAAAACACUUGCAGACUGUGGAAGAUAUUGCUUGGAAGUCUGGGCUAGGUCCUAAAGACAUUGACACGCUGUUGGAGGUGGUACUGAGUAGCCCACUCAGAGCUGAAGCGGUAAAAUCUCGGAUGUUGAAGUGCCUCAUUCCAACAACUCUGAUACCUGAAAGUGCUGUGGUUAAAGCUUUCUCGAAGCUUUGUACUCAUAAUUAUUCUAAUAGCAUCAAGAUAAUCUUUUUUCGAUGGCUGAUUGCAAUGUUUGACUUCAUUGAUCAUACGGAAGAAAUGAACUCUCUCUAUGGCUUCUUUUUUUCCUUUCUGCAAGAAGAAAGUAUGAGUUGUUACGUCUGUCACUUAUUGUAUCUGCUGACCAAGAGGGAAAAUGUCAAACCCUUUCGUGUGAGGAGAUUGCUUGACUUCCAGUCCAAGGUGGGAAUUCAGCCUCAUCUCCAGGCCUUGUUAUCUUUGUAUAAAUCCUUUUGUCCCGACUUGGUUAGCAUUUCUUUGCCUCAGAAAAGGAAGUACUACUUUAAGAAUACAGACAGCAUCUGGCAGACAGCCGUCUAUAUUGUGAAGCAAAGAAAUCAGUUACCCUCAUUACCAUCUGUGGAACUAAGUGUUGGCAUAUCUGCCAGCCAGCCUCAAAAAAGGAAAUGGAAUUCUAGCUGCAUUAUACCAAAGCCCACCAGCAGUUUUACUGGCGAGAAAAAGCAGAAGGGUGGCUCUACCAGCCUGGAUGUGAUGUUUGGUGUACGGAAAACCUUUCCGGUAGAGCAGCUCCACAUGUUCUCCCAACUCUUGGAGAACAUUCAGAACAUUCAGUUUCCAUCCCAGAUGUGCUCGGUGCUCAAGAACUCUUCUUUGUUGCACUAUCUGAACUGUGUCCGAGAUGAGACUGUCUGGCUGAGGCUUUAUUACUGGAUGAAUCAAGUGUUAAAAGAAGGAUGUACAUGGUGCAAAGUCAGUAAUUACACGACUGAAGAAGAGUUCAAGAGCUUUCUGGACAUUGUUGGCAAGGCCCAGUGUUUCUUACAGGAGGGGUUUCCUUCCAGUGAGGUGUUCCUGUAUAGGAGCCUCCCUUUAUGGGAUGGCACCUCUUGCCGGUCAGAAUACCUGCAGCUUCUCAGCUGGCUUCCCUUGGGAAAUUUCUCUGAAAUCAGGCCGCUUCUCUGUGACUCCCUGGCACCACUGUUCUUUACAUCCUCCAUUUUUCAUAAGUGUAGCGUUCUUUAUAGUCUGAAACAACUGCUGCAGAACUGGCUUUUGAGGUAUGCUAUGAGGGCCAACGUGAAGACCAUGAUGAGCACUUCUUCGCACACUACCCUGAAUGUAGUGAACUCUGUGAGUGAGCUGAUCUCCUUCGUAGGAUGGCUGUCCACAAAUGCUCUGCGCUUGGAAGAACACAGUAGUUUCUUGUUUCAUUUUGUUUUGGAUUUCUUUGAGACAGUCUCUGACAUGUACCUGAAUUAUAACCUUCCAUUAGUGGUGAUAUUUCCAUGUGGAGUCUUCUAUCCAGCACUACUUACCUUCGACUCCAUCACCCUCAACCAUCUGUGUUAUAUUAUGUACAGGUAUCGUGUCAACUUGACGGCUGCCAAGGAAAAUGAUGUGAUACGCCAGGAAAGGCAGAAGUUCAACAAGACCUACCAAAAGUUUAAUGAAUAUGUGACUGCUUUGGUGGACUGCCUGUGGACAUCCACAGCCUUUGAAAAAGACCACUUUCUCUACAUAGAUCCUGAGAUUAUGAAAAAAACUAAAAUAAAGGACUAUAAGAAGAGUUUAAAUCUAACAAAUCAUCCAGCCUUACUAGUCUAUUCCAUCUACUUUCUGCUUCAGGGAUGGCCGGGAGAAAAGGAGCUUGCUUUGGGUACCAUUCAGAAAAAGAAAUGGAACUGGUACUUGGACUAUCUCCUUUUGGAGGAUCUGCACGGGCUUCACCUUUUCAUGGAGAGCAGCCUCAACGUUGCUGACAGUGCCUCCUCAGCUAGCUUGUACCCUGAUGCUAAGAGACCAAAGAUAUGCACAUCAGGACCCAUUUCAGUUUAGGAUUAAUUAAGCUUCCCACACUGCCUUCUUUGGUGGCAAAACAUUUCAUUGGCUCUUCUUGGUUUUCUGUUGUUACGUUUCCAACAGACCUCCAUCAACAAGAAUAGGAAAGGAGUGCUCCAAAAGGCUUUCCGUUAUCAAAGAGGGAUUUCAUGUUGAUGGCUUGAGGUUUUUUAAAUCAGGAGUUGAUUUCUUCACUUCCUUCAUAAAAAUAUUUUAAUGAGCAAUGGGCAUUUGAUUCAACCUUUCUCUCUCUGUCUCUCCCUCUCUCCCCUCCCUUUCUCUCUGUGUCCAUCCAUCCCCUUCUCCACACACACCCCACUCUCACCCCCCACCUCUACAUACACCCCUGGUCCCUUCCUUCCUCUCUCUUCUCUUUUCUUUUUCUGACAGAGUUUAUGAUCAAAGUGAAUUUUUUCCAUUUGCUUCUCAACAGAUCAUGUGUAAUGAGACUUCUAUUAUGUGUGGACUUUUAAAGAUAUUUUUAUAUAGCACAUUGUAAGAUGCAUUUCUGCAGGAGAGCUUAGUACAGAUAAUGGGAGCCAUCAUUGAAUCAACUAAUAUUGACCCACCAGACUCAGCUACUGCAGUGAGCCAUGGAUCAGAGCCGUCAUCUUCCCUACUAUGAGACUCUAGUAUACUGAUGAGCCCAGGAGGUAGCAGUAGCUGCCUGGACCUUCAAUAUGGAGCAGUAGGGAAGCAAUGUGCAUGAUCCAUCCAAGGCUAUCCAUCAAGAGCUUCCUGCUGAUAGCAUUCUAAUGCCCUAGAGGUCACAGAGACUGCUACGUGCUGUGUGGAGUUCCAGGAUUUAAAUGCAGAGGAAGUUAGAUUAACCAUUUUACUUUUCAGUAUGAUAUGUUCAAAAUAGUCAUAAUGUUUUUCCAGAAGUACCUGUUCCAUCAAAUUUUGUUUCCAUGCUACCAGGAUGUGCUCUUGUUUUACUGACAUUCAAGUCUCUUGGGAAAAGUCACCUUGAGUUUAUUUUUAUGCCUUUGGAGGUUCGUGGCCCCUGGUAUCUUAAAAAAGACAAAAAAGUUUUCUUAAUCGUUUUCAGAGAAGAAUGGAGACUCCAAUGCAAACUUUGUCAUUUCUUUUCUAAUUUAAAACCUUGCUUUUUUGGCUUUCCAAGCCUGGGCCCUCUGUCCACAUGGAGAUUGCCAGGCUAGUUCCUCAUUGGUAAGAAGAGAUUUGAUAAUCCCUCAAAGUCAACAACUGCAGAUUGGGGAACUAGAACCUUUAUCAGUGGACGAUUCCAGUGGAGAUGACCUUAAACUUUAACUAUCACAAGCCAUUAAAGAAAACCUAACUUCUCAAAGAUGAGGCUUUUUUCUUCUGGGGGUUGACUUUUUGCUGAAUAGACCAUUCUCUGCGCACUGAGUAAAUUCUCUGCCCACAGUCCCUCUUGACUAGAGAGAGAUUUGUAGAGCUCAUAUGAAAAUCUGGGUGAAGACCGAUACCUUGAUGUAAUGCUUUAAGACUAUAUGCAAAUGAGCCAAAUCUAGGGACUUAAAAAUACCCUUAUUGAAAAAUUCCGUAUCCAAGAAAGCAAAGCUCAAACAAGAGUUAUCCUGUGUGCUUAAGAGAUGCUUUUCCAGUGAUUUUUUUGGAACUGGCUAGACAAAGAUGACAGUAGUGCUCAAGUGAAUGACAUUCCUCAUGCUGCUCAGAUGAGCAAAUGAUACAGAGGGAACAUCACUCAAAGUGAUCUAAGAAACCUGAUGCCAAGAGGUUUGUUUGCCUCGCUGUUCCAUGAAGAACAAAAGAUGAGUGUACAGAUGGCUGACACCUUUUCAGAGUUGUUGAAGAAGUGCUUUUAGAACUGUGCUGAGGGAAUAUAGAUCUGAAUUUGAUGAAAUGACAAAGGCUGACAAGAUUGAGAAGGAUUCAGAAAGCAAGAACUAUAUACCAUCUCGAAAAAUAGCAAAAUGCCAUAUUUUGCUUCGAAACAGAUUAAGAAUUUUUUCUCAGCUUAAUGACUGAAUCUUGACAAAUUCGUUGGUGCUUUGGCAAAAAUAACUUUGCCUUUGGUGAAAUGUGGAGAUCCCUAAGUGGCAAAGCAACUGUACAACAAGAAGACAGUGAAACUGUAGAUGAAGUGCACAAAGGAUGUUACAUAGAGGGACAACUAAAGCUACCCAGAGAGUGGUAGAGGAAGAAGAUCAUGGCAAGUGAGACUACCAUGUGGUAUUUGUGUAGACAAAGUAGGGAUCACACUGUAAAUGAAACACCUUCUCUGAGAUGAUAUCCAGAUGCCUUCAUUUUUAAAUAUAAAAUUAGGUUAUUGAUCACAAUCACAUUUCUAAAAAUGGUCUAAAACUUAGAACUGAUUCAUAUGAAGAAAGUACCCACAUUUUAAAAAUUAGUGCCUAAUUUUAUCUAUUUUCAAACCUUUUUUUUUUCUUUAAUUAAGCCCUUACCUUCCACUUUAAAAUCAAUAGUGUAUAUUGGUUCCAAGACAGAAGAGUGGUAAGGGCUAGGCAGUGGGAGUUCAGUGACUUGUCCAGGUUCACACAGCUAGAAAGUAUCUUGAAACCAGAUUUGAAGCAAGGACCUCCCAUUUCUAGGCCUGGCUCUCAUUCACUGAGCCACCUAGCUGCCCCCUCAAAACCUUUUUUAAAAUGAAAAGACAUUCAUAUGUCUUCACUAUGUGCACGUUAAUUUUGAUGUAAACAACAUUUUUUUUAAUGUUUGAAGCAUUUGGGGAAUUUGUAAGAUGCUAUAUACUAUGAAUCUUGGCUAGAAAUCCUGAGUUUAUACAUGAUGCUCAUCUCUACAAACUCAGUACUCAAAUGGAUCUGUGAUUGCAUCAAUUUGGGCAUGCCCUCAAGUAAUACAGACAGAAGACCAUCCUGAGUGAUUUUUGUCCAUAUUUUCCCCUAAAUAUGCUAUUGUGGGAUCUACCUAAUGUGCUAGAGGCCUGCCUCUUCCUUGGCAUUGAAAGGGAUGAGGGGUUGGGGUAGCCAUGGAGCAUGCUACUUUGGCUGUCUGCCUCAUACAUAUCUUUAGUUUGUGUAAAACAAGAAUAUUCCUAUGGUUCAUGCCUGGGACAUGGAGAACAUUCUGGUGUUAAGUUACCUAGACUGCUACUCCUUUAAGGUAUGUUAAGGGCUAGAUGGCCCAAUGUUUAUUCCUGCUUUGACAUUGUCAGUCUAUACUUUUCAUAGGUUGUUAAAGUCCAAAGCUUGCAUUGUAAAGGGAAAUGUUUUGAAAAAAGCAUUGGCCACUCAUUUGGCUUCAAAAUGACUUUUUGAAUAUAAUGAAAAUUGUAUUUUCUUGUCCUCAGUGUUGGUCAGCCAGCCAGCAUAAAUACAGAUCUUUAAAGUAUGUGGUAAUUUUUUAAAUGCCCUUUCAGAGACUUGCCAACCUAAGAGCCAUUGCAUCAAUGAAAGAUGUCAUUUGCUAUAUGGUAUUCAUUUUUGUGUUUUUUAGAGAAUGUGUGUGAUACCUUUUAAUGUAUUAAGCCAGUUACGCAAAAGGUUACUUGUUUCUUGUAUGUAAAGUUGUGUGGGAGGGAGCAUAGCAUCGUUUAUGAAACUAUAUAUAUAAAUGUAAAAGGAAAAUAGGAGUUUUUCAACUUUAGGUAAUGAAUAUUAGAUUUUGUACUAGACUCUGAGUCAAAUCUAGCUUCUUUCAUUAGCAAACUAAAUGCCCUAAGGCAAAUCAUUUAACUUCCUUCUCCUUUACUUCCUUUUUAAAAAAUUUUUUAUAAUAUAUAGAUAAUAAUAUACCCAGCCUUCAAAGUGUUAGGAGACUGAAGUGAAACAGUAGGUGAAAAUUUCACUGGGAAAAAAAAAAGAAUAAUUGUUUUUGCUCAUUAUAAGUGGGUUUUUUUCCCCUUAAAACAUCAGAGUACAUAUCUGAAGAUCUACAAAUAGAAUUGUGGAUUGUUCUAGAAAGCAAUGUUUUAAAUUUUCUUUUGGGUGGAAGUUAGUGCAAAAAGAGUAGAUGGAAAUUGUUUGAGCCCCUGGAAUCAUCUUCUCUAGUUGGAAUGGCUUCCUGGGAAUUUGUAUAUUAGACCAUGUAGAAUAUAGUGGUAUAUGAGGAAAUCCCUCGUCUGAUGACAUUUAUAAACUGCUCUUUUGCAAAGUGAUUCACUUAUGUUCUAUAUUCUCCACUGCUUUGUAUUUGUUGGCAACUUUCAGUUAUUUGAGCUGAUACUGCAAUGGGCCUUUGAUUGCAUUGUUGUGCAGUGCAUACGUUCCUCAUCUUCUGUGAUGCUUAUCCCUGACCUCUCAGCAACCCUUCAUAAAUGAUGUACCCACAGAGUAGAGGUCUUCCGCUAAGACUUGGAACAUUUUCUGUGUACUAAUGCAGCACUUGGCCCUGACCAACUCUUUCUCUCAUACCUGGUUGGUCUGUCUCAUUUUUAGUCAUAUAGUUCCUGAAUGGUAACAUUUAUUCUUUCUUUUGUGUAAAGUGUCCAUUGGCAAUAGGCAUCUCUCCCUGUGACGCAUCUUUUCAUUGUCCUUUGGUUCACAUGCAAUUUUGAUUCUUUGAAAAUUGUUAUUUCAUCAUAUGUAGCCACCAUAGCAUCAUUAGAGGAAUGUUGGUAUUAAAACAUUGGUUUUCUCUAUUCGAGAGCAGCUUGGGAUCACUGGAAGCAUUCUACAGUUUAUCAAAUGCAGCCCAGCCCAGUCUGCUGUCUUUCUCCAAUUCUAAGUCCAGUUCCUUUCCUCUCACCAGUAACCAUCUAAGAUAUGUGUACAGAUAAGCUAAUGCAACACACUCUCUCUCUCCAACUUCAUAUUAUGUAGGAUGGAUAGUAGAUACUCUUUCCUUUGGUUUUUCCAAUAACUUGUUUUGCUAAUCUCUUUUGAGUGGUCAUGGAUCUUAUUGUAGAGAUCCUUAUGUUCUGGAACUUGAUGCAUUUGGUACAAUAUCAUCUUCCAACAGGAACAUCUGGAAGACCUCGUCACCUAUAGGGAAUCCCUCUCCCAUUUGGAUUUUGCACAGGACAUCCUCCAUGACAGUGACAAACACCUUUGACAAAUGUAUGUCUCCCUGUUGUAUGUCUUAGUUGAUACUGAUUAUCAGAGAUCAUAGAAUAAAGUCAUUUUUAUGGUGGUAUUUAUCAAGGAAUCUUGUGUGACAUGGAAAUAUCCAUGUGAGAUGUCUGGUUAGAAGAGGGCCUUUAGGGCUUAUUUUUCCCUAAGACCAGUGUGUUUUUAUAGUAAAUAAACAGGAAGUACAUAUGGAUGUAUCAGUAAUUGCAACUGACCUUUUUUUUUUUGUAAUAAAAAUGCUGCAAAAUGAA